CUGAAAUGUCGGCUCUAGCCCAACUCUCAGUAGCUCUUCCUCCUCAUCCCCCGCCACUUGCCACCACCACGCAUACGGCACUCCUCACCGCCCUCUCCUCCGCCACCUCCCUCUCCCACCUCAAGCAAGUCCACGCCCAAAUCCUCCGCUUCAACCUCUCUCAUUCCCACUCCCUCCUUAUUAACCUCCUCCUCACCUCCUGUUCUCUUUCCAGCCUCGACUAUGCCCUCUCCGUCUUCUCUCAUUUCCCCACUCCCCCGUCUCCUCUCUCUAACAAAUUCUUGCGCGCUCUGUCUCGUAGCGCCAAACCUCAAUAUACCCUUUGUGCUUAUGAGGAAAUAAGAGGAGAAGGGUUGGGGGUGGACAGGUUUAGCUUCCCGCCGCUGCUGAAGGCAGCAGGGAAGGUGUCGGGGCUAAAUGAGGGGAAGGAGAUACAUGGGUUGGCAGCGAAAAUGGGUUUUGAGUUGGACCCGUUUGUGCAGACGGGUUUGGUCGGGAUGUAUGCUGCUUGUGGAAGGAUAAUGGACGCGCGGUUGGUGUUCGAUAAAAUGUCUCAGCGGGAUGUUGUGACGUGGAGUAUUAUGAUGGAUGGGUACUGUCAAAGUGGCCUUUUCAAUAACGUCUUCCAGCUUUUUGAAGAGAUGAAAAGCUCUAAUGUCGAGCCUGAUGGCAUCAUACUCUCCAUCAUUAUUUCUGCUUGUGGCCGUGCUGGAAAUUUAAGCUAUGGGAAGGAGAUACAUGAAUAUCUCAAGGAAAAACAUGUCUUCCUUGACCCUUAUUUACAGAGUGCUCUUGUGACUAUGUAUGCAAACUGUGGUCGCAUGGAUACUGCUCAGGAAUUGUAUGAUAGGAUGUCACCAAAAAAUUUAAUUGUCUCAACUGCUAUGCUUUCUGGGUAUUCAAAAAUGGGGCAGAUCAAAAUGGCUCGCUUGAUUUUUAACCAUAUGGUUGACAAGGACAUGGUCUGUUGGAGUGCAAUGAUAUCUGGUUAUGCUGAGAGUGAUCAGCCUCAAGAAGCUCUUAAUUUGUUCAAGGAAAUGCAAGUUUUGGGGAUAAAACCAGAUCAAAUAACCAUGUUGAGUGUUGUAUCAGCUUGUGCUCAUCUUGGCGCGCUAGAUCAAGCCAAACAGAUUCAUAUAUAUGUGGAUAAGAAUGGGUUCGGAAAAGCUGUUGCCGUCAACAAUGCGCUUGUUGAUAUGUAUGCCAAAUGUGGGAGUUUGGAAAGAGCAAGAGAAGUUUUCAACAACAUGCCAAGAAGAAAUGUGAUAUCGUGGACAAGUAUGAUAAAUGCAUUUUCCAUGCAUGGGGAUGCACAUAAUGCUCUAGGACUUUUCCAUGAAAUGAAAAAUGAAAAUGUUGAACCUAACGGGGUUACAUUUGUCGGCCUGCUUUAUGCUUGUAGCCAUGCAGGAUUGGUUGAAGUGGGUAGGAAAAUCUUUUCAUCGAUGAUUAAUGAAUACAACAUCACUCCUAAACAUGAGCAUUACGGCUGCAUGGUAGACCUCUUUGGUCGAGCUAAUCUCUUGAGAGAAGCCCUUGAGCUUGUGGAGUCGAUGCCUAUGGCACCUAAUGUCGUCAUCUGGGGAUCUUUAAUGGCUGCCUGUCGAGUCCAUGGUGAGAUUGAAUUGGGAGAAUUUGCAGCCAAGCGGCUUCUUGAACUAGAACCUGACCAUGAUGGAGCCCUUGUUCUUUUAUCAAAUAUUUAUGCUAAAGAUAGAAGGUGGCAGGAUGUUGGGGAGGUGAGGAAAUUAAUGAAAGAAAGAGGUAUAUCUAAGGAGAGGGGUUGUAGUAGGAUAGAAUUGAAUAAUGACAUACACGAGUUCUUGGUGGCAGAUAGGAAUCAUGAACAAGCGGAUCAAAUUUACGAUAAGUUGGACGAGGUGGUUGGUAAGUUGAAGCUGGUUGGUUAUGCUCCUAAUACACGAAACAUUUUACUUGAUUUAGAAGAGGAAGAAAAGAAGGAAGUAGUUUUAUGGCAUAGUGAGAAGUUGGCACUCAGUUAUGGGCUGAUAAGUGGGGAAAAGGGGUCGAGCAUCCGCAUAGUGAAAAACCUGAGGGUAUGUGAAGACUGCCAUACCUUCCUGAAGCUGGUUUCAAAGGUAUAUGAGAGUGAAAUUAUUGUGAGGGAUAGAACUAGGUUCCACCAUUACAAAGAUGGAGCAUGUUCUUGUAAGGACUUCUGGGAAUCAAUUGUGCAAACAUUGAUUGGUUGAUUCGAAUCACGAACAUCAUAUUCAAUGCUUUUCAAAUCUGUUGAUUCGACUCGCAAAUAUCAGAUUCAGGGCUUCUCAAACCUGUUGAUUCCACUCGCAAAAAACAAAUAUGGGUCCAUGCAUUAUUGAACUGUUAAGAUUGAAGAAUAAGUUCCCAAGUGUGAAGUGGAUCAUUUUCAUCAAAGUCAAAAACUUUUCACAAAGAUUUGACAAGACAACAACAGAUGCUGUGCAAAGAUUGGGACUUGACAUAUUUCUCUCCUACCCAUAAAAUCCAAGAUCGAUCUUUGAUUAGUCCCACAGAAUUAAAACAACUGGAGAUGUUCUAUUUCUAUACUUUGCAUUAGUGGAGGAAGAGCAUCUAAUGUACAACAACUACUCUCUUUCUUUUUCUGUCCCUCUUUUUUUAGUAUUUCAUGAGUCUUGUACUCUUGAUGUUGGUUGAGGAACCC